AUGUGGAUCUCUGCUCAACUCGAGUCUCGUGAGCUCCUGUCUCUCUGCCUCAAACGUCUUAAGGGCUUGAACAGAGUACGCCUUAUAGACGCGAUUUUUAUCUGGACCGAGCCGCAUUCACAGCGAAUCAAGGUUAAAUUGACUAUACAAAAGGAAGUCCAUGCAUCGACUAUAUUACAACAAGCGUUCGAAGUAGAGUAUAUUGUCAGUAACCAGCAGUGUGGCGAUUGCACGAAAGUGAUGGCUCAAAAUACUUGGCAGUCUAUCGUGCAAGUGAGACAAAAAGUUAAUCACAAGAAGACCUUUUUCUAUUUAGAACAGUUGAUAUUGAAGCACAGCAUGCAUAAAGAUACGAUAAAUAUCAAAGAGCUUAAAGAUGGGCUGGAUUUCUUUUAUUCGCAGAGAGCGCAUGCUAUCAAAAUGGUUGAAUUUCUGACUUCAGUAAUCCCUGUACGGACGAAGACUUCUGAGCAGUUGAUUUCAACAGACAUUCAUAGUAAUACAUCAAACUACAAAUUCACAUACUCGGUUGAGAUCAUACCAAUAUGUAAAGACGAUUUAAUAUGUUUACCAUCAAAGACAGCCAAAUCACUAGGAAAUAUAAGCCCAUUGGUAUUCUGCUAUCGCGUAGCCAAUUCCAUCAAUGUUAUGGAUGCCAAUACGUUAUCAACGACAGACGUACCAACUGCAGUCUAUUGGCGGACACCUUUUUCGUCUUUAGCUUCAUCCAAAGACUUGAUACAAUACUAUGUUUUAGACGUAGAACCUAUAAGAACUCAGGGAAAGUAUGUUCUUGCAGACAUACAAGUAGCUCGCUUGUCCGAUUUUGGCAGAAAUGACACCGUCUUCUUUGCCCGCUCUCAUCUUGGGGCAAUUUUGAAAGCCGGUGACACUGUCCUUGGUUACGAUAUUGCAUCGUCAAACUUUAACGACUUUGCAUUUGAUUCCCUUGAGCGAAGCUCGCUUCCCGAUGUGAUCCUAAUAAAGAAAGCAUAUCCCAAUCGACGACGCAAGAAUAGACCGAGAAAUUGGAAGCUACAGAAAUUAAAUAAAGAGGAAGGCGAUGGAGGGAUUAGGAGAGGCGACGUUGAUAAAGAUAACGUCGAUUACGAAAUGUUUUUGAGGGAUUUGGAGGAAGAUCCGGAAUUAAGGCAAUCGGUUAAUUUAUACAAAAAUAAAAAGUCGAACUUAAAGACCGAGAUGGAAAUCGACAGUGGGGAAACGGAGGAGGAAGAGGAAGCUGAUUUCCCUGAGAUUCGGUUGGAUGAAUUAAUGGAAGAUUUGACCAUUCAAGACGAUGAUGUUGCCGAGUCAUAUUGA